CUCUUAAAAAAUGUCGACACCGAUGACAACAAGACAGGUGUUUGAUGUGUCUCUGUCUUCGUCUGCCCAAUCUCUUUCAUAAACAUGUUUAAAAUGCUAUCCUAUUUUUCUACUUCACAUAAUAUUUGCAUAAAUAACAAUUAUUGGUUUAGUUGAUUCUGAAUAUCUCGUAAGUUUAUAACGACAGUAUUAAUGGAAGUUAUUCAUUCAUAGCAAAUUAAUCAAUGUAGGAAGAUAAUGGAACCCUCAGGAAGAAAAUUGGUGUGUCGUCGAAGGGUAGCAAUGUUUCAAGCGAAUCCAUCUGAAAAUGAUCAGCCCUCUCAAGAAACUGACGGACCAUCAACAAGUUCAAGUGAUUCUUCACAGCAAGUGCCAUCAGAUUCAGAUGUGGUUCCACCAAGUUCCCGUAACCAACGCAACUUCUCAGUACCACCAGAAGGCACACCGGUACCGACUAACAUUGUCAAGAGAGCUGGUCCGUUUCUGCUGGGGCCCACCCUUGGCAAUUCCCCAGUUAAAAGUAUAGUCCAGUGUCUGGCACGUCAAGAGGGUACGGAUGACUUUUAUACGCUUAAAAUUCUCACACUGAAAGGAGAUGGAGAAGUGGAGACCCAAGACGAGAGACAAGGCAAGAUGUUGUUACAUACUGAGUACUCGCUGCUGUCAUUGCUGUCUAACCAGGAGGAUGUCGUUCAUCAUCAUGGCUUUUUCAAGGAUAUAGCAUUGGAGGAACGCUUAACCAGUGAGGGCCUUGUGUACACGGGCAAGAUUAGACAGAGACUAUGUCUGGUACUGGACUGUCUGUCAGCUCAUGACUUCUCUCACCGCACUGCAGACUUAAUUAAUCUACAGCAUUAUGUCAUCAGGGAGAAGAAACUAUCUGAGAGGGAAGCAGCUAUUAUUCUCUACAACACUGUUAAAGUGGUCCAUAGUUUACACAAGCGGAAUAUUGUUCAUCGGGAUCUAAAGCUUGGAAAUUUGGUGCUUAAUCAGAGAACGCACAAAGUGACUUUGACUAACUUUUGCCUGGGAAAACACCUUGUCAGUGAAGAGGAUUUGCUGAAAGACCAGAGAGGCUCUCCGGCCUACAUAUCUCCUGAUGUUUUAUGUGGGAAGCCUUAUAUAGGAAAGCCAUCAGACAUGUGGGCUUUGGGUGUAGUCUUGUUUACAAUGCUAUAUGGACAGUUUCCAUUCUAUGACUCUAGUCCUACACAAUUGUUCAACAAGAUAAAAGCAGCAGACUACACAAUUCCUAAUGACGGGAGAGUGAGUGAGAACACCAUGUCUCUGAUCAGACGGUUGCUGGUGCUAGAUCCGCUUCUGCGUUUGACAGCGGCCGAGGUCCUUGACUCCCUUUGUGUCACCAUAGCCAUUACCAAGAACCUGUUAGCUCAGCUGGAACCUUUACAGGUUGUUCCUGACAUAGAUGAUGACCAAGAGGAGAGCCAAGCUGUAGAUUCUCAGCCUGUUCCUGAGCUUGACAAAAACAUUGAUUGGUUGCAUAAGUUGUCUAUCCCCACUAACACACAGACUCAGACGCAGCGGAGAGUUGGCCAAAUCCCCGUUCAACGGAUUGGCGAAGAUGCAAGAGAACUCACAGCUGUGGAUUUAGCUAGGCUGAGGCAUAUGUACCCUAGUGGAGGAAGAGACCGAUGGUGGCGGCCUGUUGUGCCGCAAGCUCACAGUAGUGUCGGACCAAUACGCCCCCGCCUGCGACACCCCUCUUCACAGCUCUCAUUACGAGAGCGGACCAUUGUCAACAAUCUGUCUGCAAUCAUCCAGUCUAGGAUUGAAGCCAAUACUCAACACUGACUCACCUACCUCAUGUACCUGAAACCCCAAGCCGGAUAUGAAAAUAAUUGAUAUUUCCUUUAUUUUUAUACAGUUAUUCAUUUUAACUGCCAUUUUUAAUAUUUGUGAUAAUUGUGGGUCAGUUUCCUACCUUCCAUCGCCUAAGCCUAAAAGAUGCAUUAAACAUCAUGAGAUUGA